CGUGAAAAAUCAGUUUCCAUUGUUUUUUUCUUUUUUCAAUUUUUCAUUUAUAAAGUUUCGUGAAAAAACUGUUACGGAAUUUCAAUUUCUUAUUAUACUUUCACAUCAAAAGCAUUCCCCGGAUUCCGCGAUCGAACGAUUGUUGUAAAAUUUAACGGCGUUCGCGCACUAAAAAAUUUAGAGAGAGAUAAAAACAAAAAAAAAAAAAAUAGAAAGCCGAUGCAGGUUACAAGUUUAUUUCAAAUUUAAACGACGCGACGGCGGAAAGUGAAAAACGAAAGUCGGGGGCUCAACCGAAACCAUUUCUUGCAGCACGGAUUUCACGGUUUAUUAUACUCGGUUCUUUUUUCCCCUGGGAUGAUAAUCUGCAGAUUGACUGACGGGAAAUUCAUUUCGGACAAAUGGGACAACGUGAAGAAACCCCGUACAAUCAACCAUCGUAUACAUGUACAUCGGAUUUCCGUGGCAAGUCUUCCGCACCGUUUUUCUCCGCAAAAACGAGCUGAAAAACAAGAAAACAAAAAAAAAAAAACAACAAACAAACGGAAAGAAGACGAGUGGUAGAAUAAAUUUUAUUGUAUCACUAAAAUUUAUUACUCUUCAGAAUUGUAAGGCUCGAUAAAAGUUACCUAUACUUUGAGUUGGCGCUCUGCCUGAAGCAAUAUACGUAUAUAGUACGGAGGAACUAAUUACCCCCCUCCCUAUUGCGGGUGUAUUUUAUCUACCUAUAUUCAGUUGCAACAUAGUUUUUCUAUUCCUCACGCCACUUCCUAAUGGUAUAUACCAAGAGUGAUGUAUGACUGUAGCGUAGUUUAAAUUAUCCGUUAACACGAAAUCUGCGCGCAAUCUGGUAUCCGCGUACUUAAAUUUCCACGGGGUGGGCGCCGCGCCGGUAGCUAGAGCUAAGAAACGUCAUUACGUAUAGCUAACUAAAGUUAUACACAGGAGCGCAGAUUACAUCUUGAACCAUGAGCUUCUGCUGCUGCUGCAGGUCUAAGUCUUUGAGAAAAUUUUCAAACUAGUUUUAGACAAGUUUUCGCGAAUAUCUGCGGGUCGCCGUUUGUACUACAUCGUCCUACCGUGUUUAUAAUACGUAUCUUCAAAUUUACGUACACCCGAUGCAAAAGAGUAAGAGAGACGAUGGCGCGUCCUGUGAGGAAAGUUUGAAAUUGCCGAGGUACAUCCCGUUGUACGGAUUGUACUUGUGCAGGGGCUAGUGGGUUCGAGGAAUAUGGUAAAAUACGCGCGGGUACGAAGCCGAAAACUUCGCGUUUCUAGCCAACGAGUACAUGUGGCGCAGCGCCAAAUCAUCCCCUAAGAGACGCACGGUCGAACGAGGAACUACUUAGGGGUACGAGCCACAGUUGGUUGCGGGCCAUAGCCCCGGUAACAUCACGCCGCGUAGAUUCUUGUUAAAUUUCGCUUAUUCAUCCCACGGUUAUGACAUUAAUCAAGUACAAAUAAAUCAUUUGGAGAUCAGAUGUAUUCUCCCAUAUUGCACUCAUACCUAUAGUAUCUGUAUAAAAUUGGUCUGAGAAGUAAAAGCCACCCUUAGUUUACAGACGAUGAUAAAAAUUUCAAACGUGUUUCGCGUUUCGUGAUCGUUACGCACGUUUGUUUGUUCGUUUGAUUAGAGAAAAAUUCUGAUUUUCGAUCCCGUUGAGAAGAAGGAGAAAUCGAUUCUCGGAGGAAGUGAAGAAGGGAUAUAUCGCGGGGGAGAAUAAGAUGAAUCGAAAUUCGAAUGUGAGAAAAAACGUGGAAAUGGAUGUAGACACGUUUCCAUUGGCUUCUGAAAAUAACUCGCAGGAGGAAACGUUGCACAGUCUCGUAGCUGGAUAUGCUUCAGAGAAAGGUCGAACGGGCUACGUCCGGAAUUGAAAGAAAGAGGAAAAAAAAAAAAAACAACAAUCAUCCGAUCGAAACGGGAUGGGGGAAAAAAUUGUUUCGUAUAACUGACUUCGGAAAAAAUGUAUUAUAAAAAUUAUUGCACAUAAUUAUCACCUUUUUAUUUGAAUAUUUUUCACGAAAUUUAUUGAAUUAUCUUCACCUAAACUCUACCAAUUGCGAGUGACUUGUAACAGUUUAGAAAAAUUUUUUACAAUAAGAGACUAAAAAUAAAACACAUUAUACGGCUAUGACAAAUCUAAUUAUUAGGCUUUCUAAAACUAAUUCUGUGAUUAUAUACUUCAACGUAAAGCAAUAUUGAGAAAAAGCAAUCAUACACAUAAAAAAGCAAGAAAGAAAUAAUAAAUAAAUAAAACUACAGCUACUAUUCGCAAUAUUAUACAUACUUAUAAACGCAUUAUGAUAAAAUAUAUGGAUUAUAAGUCAUCCAAACGCUUGAUUUUCUUCUUUUCUUUUCUCUCAAAGAACUAGACAAUAAAAAGAUAAUCAGCUCUACCGUUAUACAUAACCGCAAGCUCACAUAUAUGACGUAUAAAAAUGCAAUAGAAAUUGAACAAAAAAAGUGAGAAAUCCUACGUGGGAUUAUAGAUCGAGAGAGAACUGAAAAAAAAAAUCGUGAAAUUAAUAAAGAUCUCCGACGAGAUUCGGAAGGACGAAACAAAUUGUUCUUCAACACACCGCACCCUUACUAAAGAAUUGUGUGAAAAACUGAAAUGCAUAAUAAUAGAAAUCUUUGAAGUGUUUCGAAGCGGUAAGAAUUUUUAUUUUUACUGAAACAGAACGCGCGUCGAUAAAACGAGUGCCAGUGGGUGAAUUUAGUUUCUAGAAAGAGGAUCUUACGGUUUAUACGAACAUUCGUUUUACGCCUGUAUAUAUACAACCGACACAGAAAACAAGAGGAUAAAAAAGCUGCGCGAAGCUUUUUACCCAAAACUCCGCAACGACGAAAAUAAUCGCUACUGUAAUGACAAAAUUUACCUUCGAAAAUUACCCGAAUAUUAGCGAGCCCUUCGGGGGUGGAUAAAUGACGGGGGGAAACAAGUCGGAGGUUGUACAGGCCGCAUAGAUGACCUUGAUAAAAAGUUUGUACGACCACGUGUCCGUCUAUCGGUCCUACCGUACGUCAGAUAUAAUAACUCUGAAAAUAAUGCAAACUUCAGGGUCUCGUUUGACCCGGAAAAGGUUGGUUCGUGACCUAUUUAAAAAAGUUCUGAGGUGAGGCACGGCUCUAUCUUGGCGUACCGAAGAAAGUGUUUCGAUCGUCGGUCGUUUUUUCGUUUUCUUUUUACCAUCGAUGUCCUUCGCUUCUCCAACCCCCGUACGUACGGUACCGCGGGGCGAAAGAAGAAAUCCUCAGAUACUAACGCGACAUUCGCGAGAUUCUUGUUCCGGGUGAAAACAAAGUAAAGUCGGAGGGAUAAAACGGAUGAAAAAAGUGGUUUGUCGCGGGUGCCUCGCCGGUUUUGCCAUGUGUUUUUCGGAACCGAGGGACCAUCUUUUCAUGUCCGAGAUUAAUAUCUCGCGGUGUCUCGGGCUUGUAAAAUUCCAAGAGGUUGAAUACGUGGAUUCGGGAUGCUGCAGGCGGUUAUGCUAGGCAGCAGUCCCGCUAGAGGACGAGGCAAUUUUUACCAGACAAAAAUAUUUCACAAUCAUCGACCGUCACCCGGCCUCAAAAUGAACCGCGGAGAACAGGAAACGCUCUUCAGACAGAGCCGACAACUCACGAGGAUCGUACCGUCCCGAGAGGAUUUGGUACUCAGUGUUCUGAAAGCACCAAUUAAUCAGCAGCAACAACAACAACAACAACAACAACAGGAACAACAACAACAAGAACAGCAUCAUCAUCACCACCACCAUCAUCAUCAUCAGCAGCAGCAGCAGCAGCAGCAGCCACCGCCGCAUUCCCCGCAUUUUCCUUAUUCCCCGCAGCAGCAGCAGCAGACCUACCAGCACCAUCAUGCCAAUUGCCAAGCUCAUCAGAAUCAUAAAAAAUGCGAUAACCCAGGUCACGGAUUCACCGGUGAAAAUCUUCCGCGAAGUAAGGAGGCGCAGUUGUCGAGGUUGACGGAGAAGAGGUACAGUGCCGCCGCAGCUUACGCCGCGCUUCAGGGGAGCGAAGACGAACUCGUCGGUGGCGCGGAGACCGAAGAUGUUGCCCUCAAAACACCUGGAAGUGAAACCGAGGACACGGACAACGGGGGGAACGACGAGGGUCCGCCCAGAAAAUUCACUUUUCUCAGGAGAUUUCGAACACCGAGAUUCGGAGAGGCUCAUCACAAAAGGGUUCCCACACCCAUGAAACGGAAGCACAGGAGAAAGAAAAAUGACGAUGACAUGAUCGACGACACGGUCGACGACGGCGUAGGAGAAGAACCCAGCCCUGACCAAAGGGGUGUUCCCGAUCCGUACUACCCCAUUUAUCUACCCAUAGAUCAGGCUUUCAAAGCCAAAUAUGUUUUUCAUCACAAAAAAGGGAAAACAUUUCAAGAACGAUUGUACGUCUUCCUAGAACAUCCCGGAGGAUGGAUUUGUUUUGUCUACCACUUUACGGUGUUCAUGGUCGUUUUAGUGUGCCUCAUAUUCAGCGUAUUGUCAACGAUAGACCAGUACAGCAAUUUCGCAAACGAAACCCUGUUUUGGAUGGAAAUAUGUCUGGUGGUAUUCUUCGGGGUCGAAUACAUCGUGAGACUAUGGAGUGCGGGGUGCAGGUCAAAGUACAUGGGAUGCUGCGGCCGUUUCCGGUUCAUAAGAAAACCUAUUUGUAUAAUAGAUUUGAUAGUAGUUGUAGCAUCUAUGGUCGUUUUAUCGGUCGGAAGCAACGGCCAAGUUUUUGCCACAUCUGCCAUCAGAGGUAUCCGCUUUCUACAAAUUCUGCGGAUGCUUCACGUCGACCGACAAGGUGGUACGUGGAGGCUCCUCGGUUCCGUCGUCUUUAUACAUCGACAGGAGUUGAUCACGACGCUCUACAUCGGGUUCCUAGGUCUCAUUUUCAGCAGUUAUUUCGUAUACCUUGCCGAAAAGGACGCUGUUGGACCCGAUGGAAAAACGGAUUUUUCCAGCUACGCCGACGCUUUAUGGUGGGGCGUGAUCACCGUAACGACGAUAGGAUACGGUGACACGGUGCCACAGACGUGGAUGGGAAAAAUCGUUGCGUCAUGUUUUAGCGUAUUUGCAAUAUCGUUUUUUGCCCUACCUGCUGGAAUUCUCGGCUCCGGAUUCGCGCUCAAAGUACAGCAGAAACAGAGGCAGAAACAUUUCAAUCGUCAAAUUCCGGCAGCAGCUAUGCUCAUCCAAUGUCUUUGGCGAUGUUACGCCGCGGAUAAAGCGAUAAACAGCGUAGCUACCUGGAACAUUUACAUCAAAGAUCCCGCGCCAGUUGGUCAGCCUGCGACGCCCCUUGGAAAGUUGAUUUGUGUAAAGAAGAUGUCUCUUAUGAUCCAGGUGGCUAAAAAAGCAAGCGUCUUGAAACGACGAAAGUCCCGGAACCGGAUGGAAGUUCAACAAUCGUCGCAAAACCUACCCCAACCACUUCCGAUGUCCGGCUGCUCGACCACCGGUGGAAAUAACGACGUUCAGCGCAGAGACAGCGAGGGAGACGUCGUUUUUUACAUGGAAGAACCAAAGGCGGGCACGCCGAAUCGCGCCAGACGAGACAAUCGGGUGUUUCCCAUUGGCAGGGGCAGUCUUUUCACCUCGCAGACGAGCUCGGUGACGGAAGCGGCCAGCGAUGAGAUAGACAUCGACAUAGAAGAGCCGCAGCGCGUCACGACUAAUGGGAUUAAUUACAGGUUGACGGAAGCUCAUCGUAACGCCAUACGAGCUAUCCGUAAAAUAAAAUAUUUCGUCGCCAGAAGGAAGUUUCAGCAAGCGAGAAAACCCUACGACGUAAGAGACGUCAUCGAGCAGUACAGUCAAGGUCAUUUGAACAUGAUGGUCCGCAUAAAGGAAUUGCAGCGAAGGCUUGACCAGACACUUGGUAAACCUGGGAGUUAUUUGGCGGGAAUCGAUAGGGCGGGAAACGUGAAACCGAUGACCAUUGGCGCGCGUCUCUACAGAGUUGAACAGCAGCUGUCGGUGAUGGACAAAAAGAUCGACCAGCUGGUGUACGUGCUUAACGCAGUGGCGCACAAGCAACAAAUCCCAUUGAGAAGCAUAGAGGACGACGUUUAACAGAAGGCAUCUUCGGCGUCUUCGACGACGCCACUGUCCUCUACUAAUGUGUCUUCAGCUGUGUCAUUUCGAACAGCACCAACGGGAACAGCAGCAGCAGCAGCAGCAGCAGCAACUAUCAUCUUGCCAAGACUCACUAUCACGACGGUCACACCGGAUAUGUUGAGCCAAAGCUACUGACUUAUCGCGCAAUGAUCGGCAUGACAACCAUAAGAAUAUCGUAUACCAAAAGAAACAGAAAUUAAAUGAAUAAUAAGCAGAAGAAGAUCUCGAACGGAAGUGUGGCCUCUUUUUUGGACAAGAAGAAACAAGGAAGGAUCAAUAAGAAAGAAAAAUGGGAUCGGCAAUAACAACUGAGGUCGGUGAUCGGCUUGAUCGUUGUUCACUGAUGCAUCAGAUGGUCUCGGAUCAUGAAGGGAAGAGAAGAAAAAAAGCAUACUGCGGUCGAUCAGAAGGUUAACAACUCCGGGGAUGCAUCAAAUCCCCGAACUUAUGAACCUUUCUGUUCGAAAACUCGAAGGCCGAACGCGAGAAUUAACGUCGGAAAUGAACGUAGGAAGUAAUAUUAAGUAAAGAUUAUUUACUCUGUUUCGUUCGUCGAUUAUAUUUUCUUUUUCUUCUUCAUUUAUCUAAAAGGAAUCUCAGUUAGGAUUGAACGCUUAGAUUUGUCAGGGACGAGGUACUACUGCACCUUGCAGAUGAUGUGAUUAACAAGAUGUGAUGUAAAUUUCGUUUGAUCUCCGCGAGUCGAACAUACUUGACUCUUCGGUCGGUGCUUUUAAAACGCCCUUAAAAAUGAAAAAAAAAAAAAAAAAAACGUUACGAUGUUAAAGUAUAUGAAUAACGUUUCACGCACACGAACAAAUUAUUUACGCGACUAAUAAUUAUAUCUCGUGAUAAAUAUAAAUAUAAUGUAUCGAUUGAUGCAGAUUGAAAGGAAGAGGGUCGAAAGAUGAUAAAAAUUUUGAGGGAGAGGUUUUUGUUUUUUAUUUUUCCAAAAAGUAAUAAUAAUCAUACUACUGAUAUCAAUAAUAAUGAUAAUAACGUGAUUAAAAUGCAUAAUUAAUUACGCGUGUUGUAGACUCAUUGUAAGGACAAACGGGAAAUACACAAUCUGACCGAAACUCGUCGAAUAAAAGGCACCCUUCCAUAAUACACUAAAAUUAAUGCAUAAUUUGCUGUGAAUUAUUUGGGACAUAAAUGAGUCUAUUAAUAUGCAUACGAUCUAUAGGUACGCGCCGCCAUGAUAAAAUUCGUAUAGGUACCGUUUGCUUAAUACUUACGUUGAAAAUAAGACAAUGAAAAUACAAUUACACUUAUAUACCUAUAAUAAUUAACAAAUAUAAUAACAUAUAAAUUCAUUUGUAAAAAGAUUAUUAUUGAAAAUUAUAGUGUUGCACGCUGCAUUCGUUCGUCGAAAGUUAUUUUUCGUGUAUAUAAUAAAUUAAUAUUAUUAUACAAUAGUAUAAUUAGUUAAAAAUAAUUAAAUUACUCGCGCGAAAAACUAAAAACUAUAAAAUAUUAUAAUAUUGUAUGUUAUGUAUAAUUAAUUUGGUUCUGCUGGUCGUGGAUCAAAAUUUUGCAAAGUGCGUUGUAAUUCUCAUAUUAUAUAUAUGGUAUAUAAACAAAAGAAGUUGAAAAACAUACUGAAAAUUUAUUGUAUAAAUACACGGUUGAUUAUUACUGGUAGUUCAUCAUAAUUAUAGGAACAAAUUUUUAAGUAUGGAAUCAUGAAAGCCAGGAUUUCAAGAGCUCCAUUUAAAUCGACGCGAAUUAAAGCCUCGCACAAUUUUGCAACGGAUCUCUGUAAUUUAAUAAUGUUAACGAGUAUAAAAAUUAUAUCAUCGCAUAUACCUUUACGUAUAACGUGUUUUCGCCGAAAACUUAACGAUUCGAUGAUAUAUUUGAUGAACGUAAACGCGAUUGAUCGUUCACGAAAGUAUACUUGAAUGAAAUUCGGAUGAACACCGUCAACUACAUGGAUAAAAUAAAAUCGGAUCUCAUUUGAUUUUUUAUAAAACCUCACGGAAAUUACAAAUAUUUUCAGACGCCGAUCAGUUUUUUGUUCGCUUUAUUCCCGACUUUUAGUUUACGAUUAGCAUUCGCAGGAUUUCGGAGUCUGCGAAACGUUCGAUCAUAGUUAUACCACCCGUAAAAUUUGCACCGCAUAGAAAUCACUGUAUUUCAACUAUCAUAUGUAAUAAUGAAAAUUCCGUUCACAAGGAGGCUACGAGGUAACUUAGCGAUACUGGUAAAAAUAAAUAAGUAAAAUAAUAUAGGUAAAUAAAUAGAUUAAUUGAUUAAUAAUAUUGAGCAUAUUUAUAAUGAAGAAUUGAAUAAGAUUAAUGAAAAUUCAAUUGAUCGUGUAAAUUUAUGUAUAAACAAAAACAAUAUGUAGAUCAGCAGUUAACGAUAAAACCUAAUCCUUCUUUUCUACAGGUUCUAUAUUAUAAUAUAGUUAUGACAUACAUAUGGAAGUAGUACGUGAAUGAUAACAUUUUCCCGUACACUCAAUUCGACACGUAUAUAUCGUAUAAAUAUUCAUACAAAGUUAGAUAAUCGAAUAAUUACGAAACUAUAUUCAUAUUAUAUACAGCAGUUUUUCUAGUACCUAAAAAUGUUUGACAAGAGAAAAAGGGAAAAGAAAGCAUGAAAUGAACUUAAGUAAUUCAUCGCGUCAUUAAGGGUAUUUUUUAAUAAUCCUUUUGAUUAAUUAUCAACGUAAAUUAUAUACAGCUAUAUUCUAGCCGCUAUUAGGGUCCAAAUUGUAUACCUACCUAAAAAUUACACAUAUUUACCUACACGUGAUUGAAAUGAUCUUAUUUUACUACGAGAAAAAUCAUAAGAAUGUUAAUUCACGCGAAUUAUGAGCGCAGGCUAAAUUCAAAAGAAGAAAACUUGCGUAGCGUUUUAUUCGACAGGCGAUGCGGUUGUACUUAUUAGAUAUUUUUCCAUAUCACGUACACAUUGAUUUGUGAAUUUUUUUUUUUUUUCCCAACAGUGUGAAUUGUAAAGUCGCACAAAACUUAUUAUAAAUAGCUGCAGGCGCGUGUAACUGGUCUUCAUUGGAAAAGAUAUUCGUUUAUGUAUAUACAUAGAUACAUUAUAUUAUAUAUGUACGUAGCUACAUAAACGACAUGUGGCAAAAUCAGUUCAGGUCAAUGAAUUUAAGUGAAAGCGUGUGUAUAUAUCCUUAUUCAAAAUUUAACGGUAACAAGCCUCACUUUGAUAUAGAAUUGCUUGCAGACUUCGUUCGUGUGCCUACAAGAGCACUUUUGAGUUAACUCAAUGCGCCUUACGCCUUACACGUGCAUCUCGAUAAUCACACCAUAACUAUGAAGUAUUGCAUUUUAUGACAGCUAUAUGCUAAAAAGAGACAUAAAUCGAUCGCCCCAGUACAGUACACGAAUUUCUCUCUCAUUGUCUCAAAGGUGUUCAAGAUGUCGAUUACUUUACCAAUAUCUUCAAAAUUUAGACUCAAAACUGCGCGGAUAUUUUUAAUUAGAGGGACCACAGAUCUAUCUGUAAAUCAUUUAUAUUAUAUAAUAUCAUAAAUUUGACCAAUUUAUUUAUAACCGAGUUCUGCUAUGUCGAAUUGAACUUUACGUUUCAUAACGAAUUUAUAUAAUUAGUGAAUGGAAUCGAUUAUCUGACCAUAUAAGCAUUGGGGAAAAAACUUAAAUUUCAAAAGAAAUCAUCAUCCUUUCUCUUUGCUUAUUAUAAUUAUAUUUUGUCACCAAAGUUCUAAUGUAUUUUGAAUAUUUUGGAUCUUCGUCUGUAAAUCCGCCAUUUUGCCAGUAGUUGAUAUAGAGUUGAAACUCUAAUAUAUGUUAUUUAUGUGUACAGUAGAAAAAAAAGGUGCGCAGCUCAUAGACACUUUCUAGUCUACCACCUCAGCUUGAGUUACGUGUAUGUCUCGUCGCCGCCCUGAACUGUAUAGGUAUGGAAUAUGCGUUAAAAAAAAGUACCAAAGAGAAAAAAGAAAGAAGCGAAACUAAAUUAAAUUUACGCGACAUCCCUCGGUGCCUCUCACUAUAUCCUAUGUAAUAAUCGUCGACUAGCCUAUAUUGUACUCUUAAAAAGGUAAAAAAAAAAUUAAUGAAAAAAUGAAACUUAGAUGAAAAGAAGGUACUUUUAAUAAAAUUGCCUACUUACUUUAGCAUUAAUAAUUCUAGGUCAAUUGUACAUAAUUUUCUAUCUCUAGAUAGAAAAAAUUCAUUGCGUUUCAAUCUUCCUUUUUCGUGUUUAAUCUCUUCAUCUAAUCUGCGAUCGCAGGCAAAUCCGUGAUUCUAUUUUUGAAAAAAUUGAACCGCUAUAAUUAUCAGUCACUCGCUUUUACGCGCGGCUUAAUAUAUUGGUAAUAAAAUACUCUCAAUAAGGGACGUUCGCUAAUCGAAUGUUACGCGAAAAAAUUUCGUCGGAUAUAACGAUAAUAACAAUAAUUAAUAACGCGUAUAACUUAUACUCUUCGAGUCUAAAUAAUAGUUCAGUCAUAGAUAUAUCGAACUUCGUAACUAACGCAUCGUUAAAUUUCGAUUAUUUUAAGUUCUAAUUAUUUUAUGUCACACAUCAUUUAUUUGUCUAUAUCGCUUCGGUUAUGAUACCGAUAUAACAAUGAAUCAAUAAUAAUAUCAUACCGAUGAUAUUACGCGAAUCGAAUAGAUAAUAUAUAUGUUAUAUUAAAACUAUUUAACACGAAAGCUCUGCUAUCUGCAGCCUAGAAUGUGAUAUCGCUCGACCUACAAAAGGUAAAAAAAUAUAUAUGUAUAAAUGAAAAAAAAGUAAAGACAUCAUUAGAUUUAUUAUUUUUUAAUUAGUAUAGUCAACGAAGGGAGUAACAUUUUCAUCUAAAUCACGUGAUUGCCUCUCUUAUAGUUUAUCUGGAUACAUAUUAUACAUACUCCUAUGCGUAUUUAUAACAUACACCGGAUAAUCUGGACGUUUACUAUAGAAAUUAAAUUACUUUCGGCGAAAAUGUUGUAUGAUUUCAGGUCAUUGAUGACGAUUAUUUUACCACCUAAUAGAGUCAUAUAACCAUUUGCAUUUUAUUCGAAAGUAAUUGAAUCAACGUCUAGUAAAUAUAUGAAAAUUUGAUACGAACAUAAUAUGUUUAUCGCUCUAUUAUAGUCUGUAUAAAAUUUUUGCUAGAUAUAAUUUCGAAGUCCGCAUAAAUUUGAGGUUGAGUCAGACUUACCAAAAUAAUUAAACUAGAAAAAAAAAAAAUAUAGGAAAAUGGAAAUUAAUACGACCUGCAAAAAAUCUAUAAGUGUACGCGAGAUUUUACCCGUUCGAUCUAAAUGUAGUGAUUAUCGAGUAUGAAUUAAUAAUCGAAACAAAACGAUAUGAAUUUAAAGAAAGGGUUACUGAAUCUCAAAUUUUUGUCGAUCCUGUAUAUUAACAUUGAAUCUAAUGUAUGAUAUGUAUGGUAUAAACACUACAUAAAAUGACGUGAACUUUUCUAUGCGCAAUUGCGAACUCAUUAAUAGAAUAAUAUUGGAGCUAUUCAACUAUAGGAAAAAUUAAGGUAACAAAUUCAAUAAUUAUUGUAGACUUACUCAUAUAAUCAUUAUAAUUACUGUCUAAUCCACAAUUCACGAUAUAUUGAUCUCGAUCGCGUAGUGUAAUAUAGUCGAAGUAGUGGCGUUGUGUUACAAUUAGUUCGUAAGAUUAGAUGUUAUUAAAAAAAUAUACAUAUAUAUAUAUAUAUAUAUCUAGAAAAAGUCGAGAAAAAUAUACAAAAAAAAUGGAUUAAAAAAGUAUAAUUAUAUAAUUACUGGGCCCAAGAAACCCUUAGCGCACCCGAAGAAUUGCAAGAUGGCAGAACGUAUUAACCCUUUACCGUAUUUCAAAGUUCUCUCAAAAACUAAUUAUGAAUUAGCGAGUCGCUGUUCUCUUCCUGAUGAAUCAAAAUUCGCUGACAAAAAAAAAAAAAAGAAGAAAAAUAUUCAAGUUAAUUAUUAUUUGAAAGAACUUUUGGAAAGCUAGUAAACUGGGUAUGUUCCGUGCCUAUAUAUAUUAUACAUAUUUAUAUUCGUCAAAAUUAAUGAAUUUAAUAUAUACCUACAUACUCGAAUAUAAUGUAACAAGCAAUCUGGACCAAUCGUGUAUUUUCUAAAUUUUCACUGUAAUAUUCAAAUGUAUAUCGAAUAAGGAAAUUGUCUGAUCUUUUCUUAAUCACAUAUACCGUGUAGGUAUAAAAAUUUUGCCGCUGAAUGAAUUGGUCUUGAAAAAUUAAAUUUGAUUAAAAUCCUCUAGGAAUAUCGUUAAUCGAGGGAUUAUUUGUAUUAUAAAAACUUAAUUAUUUAUGACAAGGCUAACCUUUGCUGAUGAAUUACGUGUGUACGAUACCUAUAAAUACACGAUGUAUGUAGAUCAAGUAAAUUAAAUUAUAUCACCUCAGAUACUAAACAAAGUAAUGGCCUUCGUCAUUAUAAAACUCCUACGAAAAAUGAUAUUCAACAGCUGGUCCCAACAGCAAUAUUAUAAAUUUCAAACUCCUUCAUGCCGGAAAAAUAAUCAAUCAAUAAUUAAAUACCCACAUAUUAUAUUCAUAUACCAAUAUAUUAUUAUACAACUUAGACUCUAGCGAUAACAGCGCGGAAAACGAAAAGAAAAGAAACAAAAAACAAGAAAACCCUCAAAUAUUACACGACGAGCGACCAAAAUCGAUAACCCGACGACCUUAUAUUCUAUGCAACAAGAUUUUAACAAGAAUAAAAACUAACCACGACCAAAUUAUUUCUUAUAUAUAUUAU